GCCCAGCUUCAGAAAAAGCACAUGAACAGGAAAAUGAGUCUUACAUCUUGUAGCAUCUUUAAUCAAUACAGACUUGAGGGUAAAUUUUGUGAUGCAGUUAUCAAAGUCGAUGAAAUAGAAAUGAAAGUCCACAAGAUCAUUAUGGUUAGCUGCAGCUCUUAUUUUAAGGCUUUGUUUUCUGGUGCUUGGAGUAAUAAGGAAAAAAUGGUAUACAACAUUCCUGGAGUUUCUGCUGACAUGAUGGAGUUGAUCAUAGAAUAUGCUUAUAUCAGAACAAUAUCAAUCACUGCAGAUAACGUGAAGCAGCUUCUCAUUGCAGCAGAUCAGUUCUGUGUAUCUGGCAUCGUCAAGACUUGUUGUGACUUUUUUGAGUCACAUCUCUGCCCAGAAAACAGCAUUGGAAUUUGGAUGCUUGCAGACUGCUGUUACUGCCCUGAACUGAAAACCAAAGCAAGCCUUUUCAUUCUUCAGAACUUUGAGGAGACAGUAAAAGCAUCUGAAGAGUUUCUGCAGUUGUCAGCUUUUAAAUUUGGAGAAAUAAUUGAAAAAGAUGAGCUCAGUGUCAAGCAGGAAGAUGUGGUGUUUGAAGCCAUUGUGAAAUGGAUAAAUCAUGAUCCCAAGGACAGAAAGAAGUUUCUUCCUCUUUUGCUUCCCAAGGUGCGACUGUACCGAAUGGAUGUGGAAUAUUUUAUAAAGAAUAUCAAAAAUCAUGACUACGUGAAAGGCAAUCAUGAAUGCAACCAAGCUAUAAUUAAUACCCUUAAAAUCAUGUAUGCUCUGAACAAAAGUCCUUCCUGCCAACAAUCCAGGAAACUGCUAAAUAGGCCCCGACUUCCAGAUGCAGUCCUCUUUGCCAUUGGUGGAGAGAGUGAAGCUAGCCUGACAAAUGUCAUUGAGGCAUAUGAUACUCAUGUUGAUAUGUGGGUAGAUGUUACAUCUGAAGGGGAAAGCCCUCGUGCAAACCAUGGUGUAGCGUAUCUAAAGGGAUACAUGUAUAUUAUUGGUGGAACUGAUGGUGAGAAUUACCUCAACACCGUUAGGUGUUUCAACCCUAUCAAAAAGACAUGGCAGGAAGUUGCCCCCAUGCAUUCAAGACACUGCUGUCUUAGUGUAACUGUACUAAACAACUUCAUAUAUGCCAUGGGGGGAUUUGAUGGGCAAAAAUACCUGAACACAGCUGAGCAAUAUGACCCUGAAAUGAAUCGAUGGACUUUGAUUUCUCAUAUGCAUGAAGUCAGAACUGAUGCAGGUGCUACAGCUCUACAAGGAAAGGUGUACAUAUUUGGAGGCUCCACUGGUGAUGAAUAUGAAUGUUUACAAACAGCUGAGAUAUAUGAUCCGGAAACCAACCAGUGGGCUCUGAUCGCACCAAUGAGAAAUGAACGAAGAGGGGCGGGAGUGACCGCAUAUCAAGGAAACAUUUAUGUAGUCGGAGGAUUUGAUGGAUUCGAUCAACUUAGCAGUGUUGAGGUCUACAAUCCAGUUACUAACACUUGGCACAUCAUUUCCAACAUGCUAACCCCUAGAAGUAACUUUGGAAUUGGGGUGUUGGAUGAGCAGCUGUUUGUUGUUGGUGGGUAUAAUGGCUUUUCUGCAACUCUAAAAGCCGAGUGUUAUAAUGUCAAGACUGGCGAAUGGCACAAUAUCCCUAACAUGAGGACUGCCCGCAGCGCACUUAAAUGCUGUGUCAUUGGAGGAUUACCAAAUACUGCAGAGUAUGCGGUACCAAGAAAGAGUUUUCCAGAGUUGUCUCUUGAAAACAAAAUUAAUCUUUCAGAUUGCAUUAGGAUAUUAGCUACCUGA